AUGGCAGGCGCUAUGAGCAAUGCGAAGCGCGACAUGCGCAAGAUCCGCGACGAGGACCGUGAGAGCCGGUACGGUGUCGUAUUCGGUGUCUCGGGUCCUGUCGUGAUCGCUGAGAAUAUGAUUGGUGCAAGCAUGUACGAGCUGGUCCGUGUCGGCCACGAUGAGCUGGUCGGUGAGAUCAUCCGUAUCGAUGCCGACAAGGCCACGAUUCAGGUGUAUGAGGAGACCAGUGGCGUGUGUGUGGGUGACCCCGUCCUGCGCUCUGGCAAGCCGCUCAGUGUCGAGCUGGGUCCCGGUUUGAUGGAGAACAUUUAUGACGGUAUCCAGCGUCCACUGCAGGGUAUCCAGAAGAAGAGCCAGAGCAUUUAUAUCCCGCGUGGUAUCGAUGCCCCGGCGCUGGACCGUGAGCGUGAGUGGGAGUUCACGCCCGGCAAGUACAAGGUGGGCGACCACAUUAGUGGCGGUGACAUUUACGGUAGUGUGUACGAGAACGCCCUUGUGAAGGAGCACCGUCUCAUGCUGCCUCCGCGUGCGCGUGGUACGAUUACGCACAUCGCCGAGAAGGGCACCUACCAUGUGGAUGACGUCGUUCUCGAGACGGAGUUCAACGGCGAGAAGCAAGAGUUUACGCUGAUGCAAAACUGGCCAGUGCGUGCCCCGCGUCCGGUGACAGAGAAGCUGGUGGCUGACACGCCACUGCUCACGGGUCAGCGUAUCCUUGACUCGCUCUUCCCGGGUAUUCAGGGUGGUACCACGGCCAUCCCGGGUGCGUUCGGCUGUGGUAAGACUGUCAUUUCCCAGGCGCUGUCGAAGUUCUCCAACUCGGACAUUAUCACGUACGUUGGUUGUGGUGAGCGUGGUAAUGAGAUGGCGGAGGUGCUGGCCGAGUUCCCUGAGCUUACGCUUAUGCGCGAUGGCGAAGAGCACCCGAUUAUGCGUCGUACGACACUGGUCGCCAAUACAUCGAACAUGCCUGUGGCUGCGCGUGAAGCGUCGAUUUACACGGGUAUUACGCUCUCGGAGUACUUCCGUGACCAGGGCUACAAUGUGGCUAUGAUGGCCGACUCGACCUCGCGUUGGGCCGAGGCGCUGCGUGAGAUUAGUGGUCGUCUGGCUGAGAUGCCGGCCGACUCGGGCUACCCUGCGUACUUGGGUGGUAAGCUUGCGAGCUUCUACGAGCGUGCCGGUAAGGUCGUGGCACUCGGUUCGCCGGAGCGUACGGGUUCCGUGAGCAUUGUCGGUGCCGUGUCGCCGCCGGGUGGUGACUUCUCCGACCCAGUGACCACCGCGACGCUGGGUAUCGUCGGUGCCUUCUGGGGUCUCGACAAGAAGCUUGCGCAGCGCAAGCAUUUCCCGUCAGUGAACUGGAACGUGUCGUACAGUAAGUAUUCGCAGACGCUGGAGCCGUACUACGAGAAGAACGCGCCUGGCUUCUCGGCUCUGCGUAUGUCGGCUCGUGAGCUGCUGCAGAAGGACAGUGACCUAGCCGAGAUUGUGCAGCUGGUCGGUAAGAGUGCGCUGGGUGAGCACGACAAGGUCACGCUCGAGGUCGCACGUAUCAUCAAGGACGACUACCUGCAACAGAACGGUAUUUCGGAAUACGACUGCUACUGCCCCUUCUACAAGACCUCGGCGAUGCUCAAGAACAUGGUCGACUACCAUGAGAAGGCACAGGCUGCGAUCAACAAUGACCCGGAGAUGACGUGGGCUCGUAUUCGUGAGCACACGUCGGACAUCCUCUACCGCCUCACGCAGCAGAAGUUCGAGGACCCCAAGGACGGUGAAGAGUCGAUACUCAAGAACCUCAAUCAGCUCUCGUCGGACAUGACAGAGUGCUUCCGUAGCCUCUCAGACUAG